UUCUUUUCUCUCAGAUUCUCACCACCUGUGAUCCUCUCUUGCAGUUUCGCUUUCGUCUCGAAGAUAGGGUUAGGGUUUUAGGAAGAUGAAAAAGGUCGUACGGCGAGAGUGCGAGCUCUGCAAGGGCGAGGCAUCGGUGUACUGCGAGGCGGACGCGGCAUUCCUCUGCUCGGCGUGCGAUGAGCGUGUCCACGGUGCCAACUUCCUCGCCGGCCGCCACGUUAGGGCUGUAGCCUGCGCCGGAUGCCGUUCUUUCGCAGCCGGCACCAUCUCCGGUGCCGGAUUCGCCCCGAUCUACUCCCUCUGUCGAGCUUGCGAACCCGCCUUUCCUCCCCCCACCAUCUCAUGCUCUUCCUCUUGCGCUUCAACCGCUAAAUCUGCUUCAUCGGCGGUGGUAUUUUCCGGAAGAGCGGUGAGGUUGAAGCGCCGCCGGCGGGGGCGGAUUACGAUGGUGAUUCGAGUGCUUGGCGAGUACGGAAGAUCGGCGGCGGAGGUGCCGAUUAGGGUGACGAGGGCGACGGAAGUAAGGAAGAAGGUGAGAGAUGGUGCGAGGAUGCGAGGGCGUAAGCUUGCUAGCGUUAUUCUUCAGGCUGAUCCGAUUCUCACACGUGCGAUCGUACGCCGGCGGUUUGCGAAGGAAGGCUGGGACCAGUGUCCAUAAUCGCGGCCUCUCUCAUCUAUUGCUUAGUCUUAUCAAAGGCAGGACGCUUCAUCCAAAUUUUUGCAAAAGGGUAUGUACUUGAAGAAGAUGACCUAUCUUGCCUUCAGAUUCUACAUAAAAAUAUCUAUAGAUUAGGAUAUACUGAUCAAAAUUAAUGUAUUGGAACAUCAGGGUUGCAGCUUUUUAUGAUGAAUGUGUUAUUUUAUAGCAUAUGGAUGAAAAAAAAUUGCAGGAUUAUAGGUUUGUUGCCUGUAGCAAUGCUAUCUUCAUGUAAAUUUUUAUUUUUGUUCAAAGCAUCAGUUGAAUUUGAAGGAAAAUAUGCCUUCUGCAGUUCUGCCUGCUUCACUUAUGAAUGAACAAUGAAUGAGUGGUUCUGGUUCA